AGAGUACGACAAAUCCUGACGAGUGUAGUCAACCGGCGAUACUCCGAUUCUCGACGAUCGACGGCAGCGGGAUUACCCUCGACGAGAUCAUUUCCAAAGAAGACUUGUGCUUCGACACUUCAAGAUGUUGGUCUCCUACAUCUGGAAUGCCUUCAAGCUGGCUUUGUCCCGUGGUUCGAUGUUGAACCACAUCUAUUUCCUAGAGAUAUUGCUGUCACUGUUCCGACCAGAUAUCGUGGACAAAGGACAGAGGGUUCGCUUCACCGAUCCAGUAGACCUGACGGCAAGUUAUGACUACAUAGUAAUCGGCGGUGGUUCCGCAGGAUCCGUCUUAGCCAAUAGAUUGAGCGAGAUCGAACAGAACACAGUAUUGCUCCUCGAAGCUGGAGGUGAUGAACCACUUUACGGUGAUCUACCCUCGUUGCAACCCAAUUUGGUACUGAGUAAGGAACACACCUGGAAAUUCCUGGCUGAACCAUCGGACAAUUAUUGCCAAGGUAUGAAGAACAAACAAUGCAUCAUAACCAAUGGCAAAGGUCUUGGCGGUACCAGCGCCAUGCACGCUAUGCAUUACAUACGAGGUAACAGAAGGGAUUACGAUCACUGGGAAGAAUUGGGAAACCCCGGAUGGGGCUACGACGAUAUCCUACCAUACUUCAAGAAAUCUGAAGACAACAGAAUCCCGGAACAAAGAAAUUCAUCCUAUCACGGAACCGAUGGUUACCUAACGGUCGAGCGAAGUAAAUACGACAACGGACUAACACCCUACUUCUUGGACGCUGUUGAUUAUCUGGGCUACAAAACGAUCGACGUGAACGGGGAGAAGCAGACCGGCGCCAAUUACUUGCCAUUCACUCUCAGAGAUGGACUGAGAUGCAGUACAGCCAAAGGUUUCUUGCGUUCGGCAUCCAGUAGGAAGAAUCUCUUUGUAAGCGGAAAUUCCUAUGUCCGAAAGAUCUUAAUCGACGAGGAAACGAAAACUGCUUAUGGUGUCGAGUUCCGUCAUAAAGGCGUAGACUACAGAGUCCGUGCCAAUCUAGAAGUUAUCCUGUCCGCCGGAGCAUUGCAGUCACCCAAAGUUCUGAUGCUGUCAGGAAUCGGACCCGCGGAACACCUCAAAGAAGUCGGCGUCAAGGUAAUCCACGACAGUCCUGGUGUCGGGCAAAAUCUUGCGGAUCACAUCGUUCCCGGCGGUCUUAUUUUCACGGUUGACAUACCAGAAGAUAAAACCGAACUUGCUGCCCCGACAUUAUUGACUGCAAAAUCACUGAAAGAUUUCGUCACCAAAAAAGAGGGUCUGCUGUACCGGCAAGCAAUGGCAGAAGCCGUCGCGUUCCUCAAUACCAAAUACGCCGAUCCUUCCGGACAAUACCCCGACAUUCAGUUGGUCUACAUUCCGAUGGCCGAGACUGUUGGCGACGGAUCUGCCGUCAAGGCCAUUCAUAAUCUCAGGGAUGACUUCUGGGAUCCUCUUAUGCGGAACAGAAUGGACAAGCGUGCCUUUACGCUAUUCCCGAUACUCUUACGCCCGUACAGUAAAGGUUACGUCCAACUGAAAAAUGCCGAUGCCGAUUCCGAUCCGAAAAUCGUCUUGAAUACCUUCGGAGAUUCACGAGACAUCAAUACCAUAGUUGACGCUAUGAAACAAUGCGUGAACAUUACUAUGACACCCGCUUUCCAACAAUUCAACGCACGUCUGGACCCCGUACCGAUUCCGGGAUGUGCCCAACUUGAAAUAUUUUCCGACGAAUACUUCGAAUGCAUGGUGAGAUACUACACGGUAACGACGUCUCACUACAGUUGCACCUGCCGAAUGGGCCCUGCUUCGGACAAACUCGCCGUUGUCGACUCUCGCCUCCGAGUUCAUGGCGUGAAUAAUCUCAGAGUUGUUGACGCCUCAGUAUUGCCCGAAACCCCGUCAGGUAAUACGAACGCACCAACAAUCAUGGUCGCCGAAAAAGCAUCCGAUCUGAUUAAGGAAGAUCAAAAGAAUUCAGUUGGUUAUUAAAUUCUGUCUUUCAAGCCGGCCGGCUAGUUUUUGACUUUGUGGUUCGCCACUUGAUUUGAAUGUGAAUUAUCAGUCAACUCAAUGUUGAAAAUGUUCAUAUUUGUAUAUCGUCAUCAAUAAAGCAAACCUUAUCUUUCA